CCCCCCCCCCCCCUUGGUUUCCUAACCCAACUUCAGAUUUGAAUCAACCAACUCAAUGCCACUCUAACUAAGAAUACAAAAACAAAUAUUACUAUUUCUUUGUACCUUCAAAUUCUCUCCCAUUUAAACAAAACAUUUUCAACUUGAUAUUUCAAGUACUAUAUUAGUACUCUUGUUUGUUUGUUUGUUUGUUUGUUUGAUUCUUCAUUAUACCAUUUUCCAUUUCACAACAACUUUAGUUUGUUUAUGUGAUGAUGGCUCCAAAGUACUUACAUGAGCUACUAAAAGAAGAUCAAGAACCAUUUCUUCUCAACAACUACAUUUCACAUAAACGUAGCCAAAUGAAAAUCACCACUUUACUACUCAAGAAAAAACCAUUCAAUCAUAUUCAAAAAUCUAACUUCAACAUGAAUCUUUGUAAAAACACUUCUUGUUUUUUCUCAUUUCCUCAAACACCAGACUUCAAAAAAUCACCACUUUUUGAACUAACUUCCCCUGUUAAAAGUCCCUGCAAAAUCCCUUCUAGAACAGCAACACUUCUUCUUGAAGCUGCUCUUAGGAUCCAGAAACAUUCAUCAUCUUCUUCUUCUUCUUCUUCUUCAUCAAGUUCCAAAAACAAAACUAAAAACAAAGGCUUUGGGCUAUUUGGUUCUUUGUUCAAGAAACUAACACAACGAAACCAGAACCGGAAACAUGAAAUAGAGAAUGAAUAUGUGUCUGUGAGGGAGUUAUUGAAGUUGGAUUCUUCUGUGAAGCAACGUAGAGAAAAAAUGGAUUCUCAGAAGAAAAAUAACUUGGAAAUGAAAACUUCAAGUAGUGGUUACUCAUUUUUUACUGAUCAUGAAGCUUGUGCUUGUCACCAUCACCAACAUGCUUUUCCUGAAAGUCCUUUUCAUUUUGCUCUUCAAACAAGUCCUUGCUCCGGCAGCUACACGCCGGAGUUGGCGUCGCCGAGUCGAAACAUAACAGAGGACAAAGAAAGUAAUGAAGCAGUUGAAAGUAUCAAUCAAUUCAAGUCAGGGGAAGAAGAGGAAGAAGAUAAGGAACAGUGUAGUCCAGUCUGUGUUUUAGACCCACCAUUCGAGGAUGAUGAUGAAGUACAUAUAAACGAUGAUGAAGAUGGUGUUGAUUUUGAUUUAGAGAGCAGCUAUGCCAUUGUUCAGAGAGCAAGGAAGAAGAUAUUGUACAAGCUUUGCAGAUUUGAGAAACUUGCAGAAUUGGAUCCAUUAGAACUUGAGAAAAGAAUGCUGGAUCAAGAAGAUGAUGAGGAUGAAACAUAUAUGGAAGAGGACGAUAUUGAUGACGAGGAAGGGGAGGUUUCAUUUAAAGAAAAUGACUUCAAAGAAUUGGUUUUUGAAGCUGUCUAUCUGUCAAUGGUCCAUGACAGACAGCAAAUCCCACAAGAAUUUAAGAAACUGAUAUCUGAUCUAAUUGUAGAAGAAGAGAGAGAACUCAAUUCUUUAGAAGAUAGUGACGUGGUGAUAACUAGGAUAUUGAAGAGGUUGGAAUCAUGGAAAGAAGUGGAGUCAAACACAAUUGAUAUGAUGAUAGAAGAAGAUUUCUCUAUAGAGGAUGGAGGGUGGAAGAAAAAUGCUGAGCAGAUAAGGAACAUGGCUGGAGAGAUUGAGCUAGCAAUCUUUAGCAUUCUGGUGGAUGAAUUUUCAGAGGAAUUAGAAUGUUAAUGGGGGUAAAUUUUGAAACUAAGUAUGAAUGGAUAACCUUUAUUCUUUAUCUUAGAAGAGUAUAGUCUAACAUGGAUUGUAUUAUUGGGAUAGGCUAGUUAGUUGAAAAAGAAAAAAAAAAGUGACCAAAGAAUAUAAUUUGGGUUUAUGUACAUGGUGAUUCAUGUUUGUAGCUAGAUGUGGAAAUGCCCUAAGUCUCAUUUGCUUAAUUAAGUAUUAUAUAAUUUUGAUA